UCCAACAAUAUAURAACUCUUGGAAAACUGGGCAAGGCUUGUUACUUUUUACAUUAAGUCCUGUUAAGAGGAGUGCAAUUUUCUUCUACAUUACCACGUUAGCAUGAAAAUGAUGCCUAAACUGUCUUUAAUUCUGUUCGCCUUUUCAUUUUACUCGCACGUCGUCUCAGCCAGAACAAGGACAAAUCCUUUCCUUAUCGAUUAUGAUAAUGAUGUCAUUGAUGAUCUUUCGGUGCGUCAGUCAGACAUAGCUCUUUUUCAAGAUCAAGACGAAAAUGUCCAAACAAUCGACAAUCAAAGGACAAUUUCAAACACGGAAGAAAUCUUAUGUAAACCUCGGCCAAUUCCCGUUAAAAUCCCUGUACUCAGCCAUUUCAUCACAACUGGACCGCGAUACGUGAUGCUCAAUCGAUGUCUUGGACCAGGGGUUACUUCAGUACAAAAAUGUGCUGUCAAAACCAGAGAAAAAGUGGUUGUAAAGUACGAGAAGCUAUCCACUCGUGUGGGCUCACUCCAAGCGGUCUCGCAGGAAGAGAGUGUAGUUAUGUUCAACGACAUUGAGUGUAGUGGAAAAGCCUGUAUCGCCAAACCACAGGACUGCAACAGCAACCAGAUUUUUAGAAAGUGCACCUGCAAUUGCAAUCUCAGUGAUUCAUACUGCCAAAGCAUCAACCGAUACUAUGACCGCUCUACAUGUCAGUGUACUUGCAAGGGUCAAGCCAAAUGUCCUCUCUACCAGGAGUGGAACCUUGCCACAUGUCAGUGUGAGUGCGCUGAAUUCAUGAAACAAAUGUGCCAAAAACACAAUUUAGCGCUUGAUAGUAACUCGUGCAAGUGUGAGGCAAAUAAUAUGCAAGCACUUUAAAAAUGCUAUUCUUUAUUGGUUUAAAAAAAUGAAUUAAGAAUCACAAAGUUAAAGUUGUAUUUAUAUUUUGUAAGACAAGUUAAUUCCAAAAAUAUUUAUCAAAUAAUUAGCGAUUCAAAUGUGAAAUCAAUUAAAUCAAUUAAUUUUUCAUUUUUAAGAAAAUUGUUAAUAAAUGCUAUAAAUAUUCAAAAACCAAAGGCUCCAAAUCGUUUUAUUUAUUUCUCCCUUGGAAAAGUUCAAUUAUAGAAUUAUAAGAACAACUAUACACUACAAAUGCCAUGCCCAUCCUCUCCCCUGAGGAGCAUUUUUUGGUCGGCAGAAGAGAAAGUAAUAGUCUCAUAGUCUUGGUUAAUAAUAAUGAUGAUAAUGAUAAUAAUAAAAUGAUAAAAAAUUAU